AUGCCAGGGGAUGCGCAAAACAAGUUCGACCUGGUGGAUGUGGAGCCCAAAUUUCUCGAAUUCUACUACGAGUGCGCAGACAGCGUGGAGGACUUCCUACAAAAUAAAACAAAACUAAUAAAGAGGAAGCGAUUAAAAAUAAAAAAUAUCUGUACGAAGACGCAGAACAUCAAUAUAUGCGAAUCGGAUUGCAAGUAUCUUAAAGUUAAGGGAUUAAAAAAGAAGAAGUUAGCUCCUGGCACGAGUGAACAAAUUUUCGUUGAAUUCUCCUUCGCUGACGUGAAUUUUAAAACGACCAAGCUUGGAAAAAAACACGACAUUUUGGAUGUCGUUAAUAACGUAGAGUCCACUUCUUACGUCACCAUAAAGAGUGAAUAUACGACGCUGAGCAUUCCGAUUUACAUAAAGAAGAGCAUACCCGUAUUUUCCUACGAUGAUAUUAUAAACUUUGGAGUUUGUAACGCCAAUAGGACAUAUCACUUUGCGCUGAGGGUCAAGAAUGUAGGCACAAGGAGGGGUACGUUUUCCCUCUCCCUGGACGAUUCCCCAUGGGCAAGUGUGGACGAAUGUAAAGAUGAUGAACCGGCGGAGUGUGCGCAGAGCGGGAAGAAAUUAGGCAAACGCCAUCGCCCCAACUGCCGCGAUGAAGACAUGCUGCUUCAGCUUGACCAACAUUCCCUCGACCUGGACGUCGGCGAGACGAAGGCGAUUAACAUCACCGUCAGCAGCAAAGCGGAGGGGAAAAUACACAGGGAGUAUAAAAUCAUUUCGCACCAUCAUAGCUACUUCGUGGAGAAGCAGAGAAACAUCACCAUCCUGGCUAUUUUCACCAAGAGCCAUACCUCCUUCCUCUUCGACAAUGAAAAAACGAAUCUCGUGAAUCUUCACUGCUUGUACUAUGGGAGUAGGAAAAAGUACCAGGGGAAAAUAAAGAAUGAAAACAACUACGGCAUAUUUUGCAUCCCCCGAUUGGAUGCCGUCAAUGUGUUUUACUCCAAGGAGGACCUUCAAUCGUAUGCGGUCGCCAAAGGGGUGAACAUAGGCCGCAUAUUCCAGGAUGUGUACCUUGAGGAGGAAGAACACCUAAGCGAAGGAGAAAAAAAGGAAAAGGAGAAACUGUUUGCCAUCACGAAGAAGAGGCUAAAGGGAGAGGAACACAUAGGUGUCACUUUCUGCAGGGCGGGGGCAUACCCUGUUGAAAGGCUAUCCUAUCAAGAGGUCACAUUUGAGAUUCAGUCCAAGUGUGACGCCGGCCUUUUGCACAGACUCAGCAGGGACACGGCCUACCUGCUCAAUUUACCUGUCGUGGUGGAGUUGUCGCUUCGGGUGGGGCGGUCGCGCCAGGGAACCAUCCAGGUGCAUCGCGCAGCGAAGCAGGUUCACAGUGCAACAACACAGACACACCUCUCAACCAGCCAGACGCGCCUCUUAACCCCUGAGCCCGAUCAAACAUUCGACGAGGAGGUUAAACUCUGCGUGGCAUUUUGCCUCACCUUUCCCUGCGUCCUCCCCAGCACCUACCUCCUAAACUAUGACAGCAUAGCCCCCAACGAGGGAAAAACGCUUAUCCUCGAGUUAAAAAACAGAAAUAGAUUUCUUAACGUUAAUUAUACCCUUUCGAAGAUCCCAUACUUAACACUGAGCAAAAAGGAGGGGGUAAUCUCCCCCCAGGGGAAAGCAGUCUUAUCGUUAAAACUCCAAUGUGACAGCGUCAAAGUGAUCGACGAAUAUAUGUAUCUAUAUUUUUGCAACAAUUUAUAUUUCAUCGUCCUUCUGGUGAGGGGGAACAUCACUUCUACGAGCGCAUUACGGAAGGGAUCAUCCUGCAUUCUGCUUCACCCCAAAGGGGGGGACUCAUUUAAGAGGAACACUCCACAUGCUAACACCAAACAGGACCAUGAUGAAGUAUAUGAACAAAUACUCAGCAACCUAGAGCUCGAAAAAGUAGACCGAAAUUUUUACCAACUCGAUGGAGAGCUAGACAAAUAUAAAUACAACGAGAGGUUUAUAAACUUUUUAAAGAAAAAUAAAAAAAAGUACAACGAUGUUUUGAAGCUCAUGUAUGAGGAGAGGAAGAAGGAGGAGCAGUCAGUGCGGAGUGGCACCCAAAGUGGAGGCUCCCCUGACAGAAGUGACCAGAUAAUGAAGGCGACAGACAGACUCUCCAGAAUCGUAAAAGACAAAUUUAUAUACCUGAAUGAUCCCCCCGUGGAAGAGCGAAUCUGCAACACGUGCAUCCAGAAGGGGGUCUACGAACGAGAGAGGAAGAAAUACAUCCAAAUGAGGACCCAAAAUUUGAAAAUAAAAAAUGAGGAAGCUGCACAAGGAGUGGACGAACAACCCUACUUGAUGCAGUUUGACAUGCUAGAUGAAGAAGAACUGAAGAAAGUGCAAUUCGUAAGGAUCAUCCAAUUUGACUAUGUCUUUCUCGGAACAGAUUACACCAGAAAGUUUGUCGUCUUUAACCGAAACAAACACUGUAACGUAAAGGUGGCCCUCACUCAUAGUGAUAACGUUACGACUCACGGGAAUAACCUUCUACUAAUCGAAAGGGACUCUCACAAAAUGGGCCAUGUCAAGCUUAACAUAAAAAGGCCUUCCACAGUGGAAGAACCUCAUCAGGAUGGUAAAACGUAUGACCAUAUUUGUCUUAACGAUAGUCAGGGUCGAAGUCAAACUGGAGUUCCUUCUUCCUUUUUUGAGGCGGACGAUUUCCUAAGCGAUGGUUGCAUUUCCACCCCCGAGGGACACACAAUCACAGCUGCAUGUGCCGACUCACACGACAACUUCUUCCUCCUCAAAAAGUUUGAAGACAAACUUUCCCUAAUAAUUAAUGAUUCGCAUGAGAGAGAAGUGACUCUCGAGGCGACUCUCGUGUUUCUAAACGUCCUCGUUAAUCCCCUCACUCUCUACUUUCGCUUCACCGAUGAGGACGUCGAGAUGCUUUGUGAGCGCCAGAUUGUUUUGUACAAUCCAUUCAACGUGCCUCUGCGCGUGUGGAUGGUCUGCAACCGGGCGCGCGUUGCGUUGGACCAGGAGAUCUCAGUACCCCCCAAUGCGCACAAAAUGGUCCCCGUGAAAUUUGUCGCCCCGGAAAGUGCCACCAGCGUGACUGAGACCAUUCGGUUGUACUUGGACGGGAGCAUGCUCUACAAAAGCCUAAAAUGCAAAUGGAUCCCCAACAAGUGCUCCUAUAGAGUCACCCCCUCCGAGCUCAACUUUGAAAACGUCCUCCUAAACAGAAAUUAUGUGAAAGAGUUUUUCCUAAUCAACACGGGAGACUUCCCAGUGAUGUUCCAAUGCAGAUACAAACCAGAUUGUGUAAGUCUAUUUUGCAAGUAUAACUACGUGAAGAAGAAUGAGAAAGUGAAAAUCUCGGUGCUGCUCAAUUUAAAGGAAGCCAAAAAAAUAAAGGACAAAGUUGUACUAACCCUUAGGGGGGCGCCUCAGUUGUCUCUCCCCCUGAGUGCCAAGGGCACCCCCUCCAACGUCCUCAUCAUCGACGGGCUACACAUCCGGCAAAGAAGAGGAGAGCUCAAAUGCUACGAAGUGAAAAUAUUAAACAGAGGACCAUGUGAGGAAAGCAUCCUCCUAGAUACAUCCUCUUUUGACUUCCUAAACAUCCAAAUGGGCGACAAAAGGGAAAGGACCUUAUCUGAGCUUAACGGCAAGGAGUACAAAGAUGCGAGUAAAAAAGAAGAUGUCGUAACCGUGGAGAGGACUUACAACGAAGAAUACGAUGACCUACUAACAGACGAAUGCGCCAAGUAUCAUUACAACCAAUUGUUGAAGCUGCACAAUUUGGUGUCGGCCUUUUGCAAAAAUAAAGGUCACAUCCUUUUUAAAGAUAAAAGAGAAAUAAAAAACAUAUACAGAGUUGUCGUGCCAUCCAAGUGCUUCCUCUCGUUGUGCAUUCAAUGCUACUCCUCUAGGACCAUGAGGAAAGAAAUUACGUUCCAGACUCUGCUCAACCGUAACAGAGUUGCAUACGAAAAAUCGGAAGAGUUAAUAAACGUAGACAUUGAGGAAGGGCACUUAGAUGUAUCUCCCCCGUUUCUGCACUUCACUGAUUUGCUCCCGCAACAGGCUGACGAAGCUUACAUAUCAUAUUUUUCGAGAGAGAGGACGAAAAGUGUGACAAUCAGAAAUGUGUUCAGUCAACCUGUGCAGUGGGCAAUCCGCUUGGAUGAGGAGAAGCGCAGGGAACUCCACAUGGUUCGACGGGCGCAUAGGGGAGUGGCCGAAAUUGCUGAACGGAAGGAAGCGGCGGGGAAGUCGAAGAGAGUGGACAGCGUCAUGAGGGGGAGCGUCAUAAAAGAGACAGUCAAAACGAGAGGCCCAGCAAAAUCGCGCCAAUCGGAUGAACUCACCGAGCAGCGCCAAUACCAAGUGCACCCCAGCAGGGACCGAGGCAUUCUACAGCCAAACGAGGAAACGACGGUGGACAUAAAGUUAAGCGGCUUCAAAAUGUGCGGGAGGUAUGUGGACGUGCUGGACAUCUCUUCCUCCCUCUUGGGUUCCAACAGUGCAAGAAGCGAGGACGGCGGGAAGAAUGGCCUCAAGGGCGGCGGCAAAGACAGCGGAAAGGAAGAAACAGAAGAGGAGAUCCAUUUCUCCCUCUACAUGCUCAUACGUUGCGACAUCCCGAAGCUUCAGUUCGACGUAACCUACAUAAACAUAGUCCACAAUCGACUAAACGAUUAUUGUUCCUUCCCCUUCGACAUAUACAGCCAUGGGUACAACUACGUCAGGGUCGAUUCACACUUCAAGAACAUGCACGCAGAAUGUUUUUCCAUAUCCCUGGACUUCAUCGAUGGAAAUGAAAUAAACGAAAAGGUGAAGAAGCUGCGCAUGUCGUUGAAGUGCAAAGCGUCCAGGUGUCUGAAGUUCAAAUCGCACAUCGUCUUCAGCGUCAUGGACUAUCAUCAGUACAUCAUUCCGCUGUUCGUGAGCAUCGACGAGGGAGUCGACUUCCUACUGGAGAAGGCGGCCAGAGAGGAGUCAAUCGAAGAGAGCGGCAGAGAGAGCGGCAGAGAGAGCGGCCAAGAGAUGGACGAAUCGCUGGACGAUGACCUCCCCACGGGAAGCAGCCCAAAAGGAGACUCCACGGGUAUCCGCCCUGAAAGGAACCCCACCGAAGGCAUAAUCAGAGAGACAAGUCUACACCAGCAUAUGAACACGACGGGCAUCCAAUUUGACAAACAAAACGAACUUUUGUCCUUCUUUUGCAAAAAUGUGCAGGGAACAAAAAGGGGAGGCACUAACGGAGAUAUAUACAAAGGACUCAAAAUUAGGAAAAUUAGGAAAAUCAGAAAUGUGUACUACAAUAAGGAAGAGGGGGUAUACCCACUGAGUGAAAUCAUUGGAGAUUACCUCUUCGUGUUUGUCCAAAAAAUUUUGUUACGCAAAAGUUACUUCCCCCAGAUGAUUGAAAGCACAAACGAUUUGUUUCUCUUCUUUGUGGACCUUCUAUUCGAUCUCUUUUCUUCGAUCUAUCCAAAUAAAACUUUGCAAAAUGUUAUUAUCGAACUGAAGAAGAAUCGAACUGUUGUGGUGAAGGACAUGGAGAGACAAGACUUGUUCGAUGAGAAGUUUACGGAAAAUGUCAAGGCCCUUUGGAAGUGCCUGAACGAGGAAUGCAUCCCAGUGGACCACAUCAUUUACGAAAAUUUGUUGCCAGCGGAUGUGUACCUUCCCCACGUUUUGGACAAAGUGCCGGACUACUUCCACGUUGAGGAGGAGGAGGAAAAGUAUCGCGCGAGCACAGGACACCUCUCCUUGCAACACUUGGAAUCAUUUUUGCUAAAUGGAAAUAAAAAGGUAUUCUACUUUGAUCAAUUUUUUAAAACGCACGUAAGAUUAUUUAGUUACUCAUGGAUCACCAUCUUCCUGGAGAUACUAAACAAGAAGAUAUUUGGAGGGAUCAACAUCAGCUCGCUGAUAAACCUGCGUGGGAUUAAAUUUUACAGCAUAGAGAACAAGCUGAACGAAAAUAUAAAAAUGUGCAAAAUUAGCUACCUAGUAAUUCUAGAUACACAAGACAUGGAGCUAAACAAGCAUGUCUCAUUUUUAAGUGACAAAAAGCGAAGAUCCAGGAGAAACAACGCCAGCACUUUAGCAAGCCAGCAGAUUAGUAGCGGUUGUGGUUCUACACUAAAUGUGGCGGGGUCAUCUCUAAAUACUUGUAAUCGUAAUGGUAAUCUCACUGAUAGGGAUAACAGCACCCCACAGAGAAGCGAAAAAUAUGCGCACAACUAUGUGAAGAAGAGGACCACCAAGGACAAACGCUGCUGCACUAUCGACUACUUCAAUUUUUACGAAAAUAAUUUCAUCGACGUGAAAAAAAUUGUCAACAAAAUUAGCACUUUUUGCUACUCCGGGGGGGUAGAAGAUCCACCAAAUGGGAAGCAAGAAACGGUGCAGGGGAGGAACGGAAUGGAGAGCGCCAAAGGGAAUACAACCAUCGGGGGGGACAUUCCAAGGGGGGGGAAAACGAAUACACCUUUUAAGAAUGAAUCGACCAAAGAGGCCAAAAAAGAUGCCACGAAAGACGCCACAAAAGAGGCCAAAAAAGAUGCGACAAACGGAAUUCUCCACUUCAAAAGCGCAGAGUGCAUCCUUUUCGAGUGGCUCUAUUUUCACUACAACAAUGUGUUUCACGCCAAGGUGGAGGAUAAGCGGUACGUUCUUAAGGAGGCCCAUGGGGGAAGCGACGAUGAAUUGUCCUAUAGGAAGGGAGAUCGGAAUGAGGCGCUGAAGGGGAGCAACCGGGAGGGAGAGCGCAGAGGAGGAAGCCCCAGUGGAAACCCCAUUGAAAGUCCCAGUAGCGUCCGAAGUGUUUCCCACCCUGGUAACGCUUCAGAGGUGGCCCCAAGUCAAGUGCAGCAAAACCCGAAGAUGAGCAAAAUGAACUUCCAGGUCGAAAUAAAAAGGAAGAAAAAGGCGGUCGAAAAAAAGAAAAAAGCAAAAAGCAUCCACGAAUUGAAGGACCUAGUGAUGAUCCUAUAUACCAUCAUCUCGCACAUCCCCUAUUACCUAUUCUUUAAAAACAAAAUUAAAGUGAAGUGCAAAUCAAGAAGGGACUAUGACAAAAACGUGGACAUUCUACUUAUAAUGCUCAGCGAAAUGAAGUUGAGUAGUCUGAUGAGCAGAGUGGUGAUCGUGCAGUUUAAUUACAUCCAUAUAUAUCUGUUUUUGGCGUCCCUGUAUUUUAUCCUGCCGAGUUAUUUGCCCAUCUACUACUUGGUCCUGGACGACUUCCCCGCGUACAAGGCUGACUUGAGUUUGAUAAAUGACGAGGUGGUGAACGGGCGGAAAAAAGUCAAAAGUGAGGCGACGAGUAAACGGCAGCAAUCAGCCAAGGGGAAGCAACCAAACAAGGGUCCACUGCCGCCCCAGACCAAGACCACCCCACCCACCGAUGGAGAGAACGAAAAGACCCGUUGCGGGGACGGACAAACCAUGGCGGACGAACGGGUCAUAACUGUGUACAACUUAAAUAGCCACAAAUGUACCUAUGAGGUAUUUCUCAUUGGCUGCAAUAAGUACCAAAUCGAUAGAGACUGCAUCAGCAUUGACCCGCUCAAGUCGGAACAGAUAAAAUUGAAAAUAGACAAGGGGUAUGACGAAAAGGUGUUGAAACAUAGCUACCAUACUAGCAUUAAGCUUUCACAUUUUAAGAAAAAAAGACAGAAAAGGGACACGUGUGACGGCGAAGAACCACACUUUGAGGACAGUUACUCCGUUUCGUCCUGCUCCUCGGAAGAGUGUCAGUGCCCCUCCGACGGGGCCGACAAAAUGGACGCGGGGACGGACGAAGAGGGUCCGGUGAGCCCAGGGGAAGAUUACUCCAUCCUAGUGCUGCGGGCGGAAAGCAAUCCCCUGCAGGACCAAAAGGACAGAGAGAAAUACAUCUGCAUCAAACUGAUCGAACGGGGCGAAAAGGGGAAGAUCGAAUUGACGUCCCCAGGAGCAAACCUAAGGAAGAAGCAGAAUGAAGGAAAUAACGUAAACGCUAAUGUACACAAUGGCGGCACCAGGAGCGAGGUUAACAAAAUGCGAACCUCUAAUUCAUCUCAGGUGAAUAUUAUGCUAAAUGAUAGCGAAAUAAAGUGUUUUAAUUUGAGGGGCAAAGUGUACGAAAGGAAGUGUAUAGAAUUGAAUUUGUUCAAUAACACGGGGAAGGAGGUCGAGGUGAAUUCGAACCUGUAUCACCUCUACGUGAAGGAUUUGAAAAAAGAGGAGAAAAAGAAGGAAAAUUUCGAAGCAGAUGUAGUGAAUAGGUGGGGCGGUGACACUCUGGGGGGGAACAACCAAUGCGCUGUAUGCGCGCUAGUUAAUGCCAAUUUGAGGAGUCACUUGAGGAGCCAUUUGGGGAACCAAUUGAGCGGCACGGCGACUCAUUUUAGCUGUUUCCGUCUAGUCGAGAAAACCCGCUUCACUUGCCUCCAGAAUGAAAACAAAAAAGUAGAAGUCCAAUUCUGCCCCUUUGCAGAGGGCAGUUAUUCCUGCUUCCUUCUAUUCAAUGUGAAUGAUAAGAAGAGCAACUAUGUCGUGUCGGCAUGCAAAGUGAACUGCUUCUUUAACAUAAAUAACGUAAAAGAGGAAGAGAUCAUAAAAAUGAAUACCAAAAAUUUAACAUUUUCCUACGAUUUAAAAGUCUGUCCUGUAAAUAGGGAAUUCCUCAAGUGCGUAAGAUUCAUCCUUUGUAAUUUGAACUAUCUGGAGGAAAGGCAUUUUCUGUCUUACUUAAGAGGUUACCUAGAGGAUAUACAUAAGGGGAGGGACAAUUUUCAUAUCAUGUGUGAUAAGGAAGAGAAAAUGACCGUCGAAAAAGGCUUCGCAACAUUUGGGCCACUUGAUUGCGAUAAGUAUGUGGAGAAAAUGGCAUAUUGUGAAGGAGUAAACAUAGAGGAGUUAUACCAAUUGGUGAAGAAGGAGGUGAAUUAUGUAUGCACUCUGCGGAUAGGAGAGGAGAGUAGCGGAGUGUUUGAAUACAACUGCGCUGUAGUGAGGCAGAGGAAUGUGCUGCAACGUACGAGUCAGUUAUCCUAUGAGCAGUUGCGGAAGUUACAAAUCAAGGAGCAGAAGGAGAUAUGCGACCCUUUCUACAAAGUGUACAAAAUUAUCGCAAGUGUGAAUGAUCAAGACAGAACUCCUCAAUCGUUAUACAUUACGUUCAAAACGAGCGCAUUUGUGAUGGCUAAAAAAGCCAUUCCUGUGUAUAACUACACAAACGGUGUGGUAACGUACCGACGCGUGUACUCAGAUGUACUGGAUGAGAAUAAUAAGAUAAUCCAUUACAACAUUUUCAGCUGCCCAGAAUAUGUAGAAAUAGGAAAAGACGUUGAAUCGGUCAACUUUGAAGUCAGCUGUUACUCCAUCAUCGGCCUUACCUGCUCCUGCUGCAUCACUCUGUAUAAUGUGAGCAAUCAGGAGGAACAGAUAAAGAUAAACGUACAGGCAAAUGUUAUGAAGCCCUACCCCAAAGAUACCAUCCAUUUGAACCUACUAAAUAGAAUGAGAAAAACAGCACAGGUAGAGAUUUAUAACGAGCUCAAUCUCCAUUGCGAAUUUAAGGUUUACUCAGAUCUGCCAAUCCUGUUUGGUGUAAAGAAGAUCGAAAUGAUGCCAAAACAGAGGAAGACAUACACGUUCUUCGUCACAAGUGCACACAUAGGGGAAUAUAUGGGGUGCAUCAUCUUUAAGUUUCACAAGCUGCUUCAUUCAGGUGGUGAAGAAAGAAGGAGGGACGCCUUCUUCCCCUUUGCGAACUACUUCUUCUGGUACAAACUGAACAUCACCGUUGAGCUGAAUAAACCAUUGAAGAUCUUAUUUUUUGAAGCCAAUGUAGGAGAGGAAAUCAACAGAGAAAUUGUUUUAAAAAAUAAUGGCAAUGAGAAUGAGGACUAUUUUUUGCUUGCCUACAUGAAUGAGUACAUUGAGAGGAGACAAGUUCAGGUGUCGAAGAAUGAUAUCUAUGUGUAUAACAUCAAGUACGCUCCCAAGAUUCCCAACUAUUUUUAUGACCGUGCCGACGGGGGAAAUGCCCCUGGGGGGGGGAGUGCCCCUGAGGAGGUGACUACUACUCGCGGGGAGGAAAAGGAUUCAGCCGUCCAGAGGGAACUCCAAAAUUUUUACUUCCCCCAGAAUGGCGACUCCGAUUGGUAUGGUUCGCCAGGGGGGGAAAGUCCCAGGUAUUAUGGGGAUGCGGAAAAGAGCGGGGACCAACCUGGCCAUGGGGGCAAAGGCGAAGCGGAAGUGUCUCCCAAUGAGGAAGACGCCUUUUAUGGGAAGGGCUCCCCGGAGGUGUCCCCUAAUGAAGCCGCCUCUCCUGUGAAGCGCUCUGCGGAGGUGUGCCCCAACGAAGGCACUGCGCUUAAGCAAAAACAUAAGCCAUUUCCCCCAAACGAGAAAAAAAUAUUCGAAGAGCUCAUCAGCUACUGCAAGAAGUACAUCCAAGUGGACAUUCCGUACAGGCCCCAAAACAUAGGGUUCUUUUUUAUCUACAAUAAGAAUGAAGGAAUCAAUUACUACAUCUUGAUGUUGUUGUCCAGGCUGAGGAGCGAGUUAGACGUGGCGAAAUUCUCCGCCUGCUUGUCCCAGUCCUGCUUCCUCCAUUUGCACUUCCAGUUUAAUAACGAGGAGAAGCGAUAUGUCCAUCUGUUGAAACGGAUGGGGGAUCCGCCUGCUGCUAAUUAUCAUUAUGAAAUUGGGGAAGGGGUGACGUCUCCCCGGGGGGGAAGAAAUGCUUUAUUGGAAGAGAAUUUCCAACGAGGCGAUAUUCACACACGUCACGAUUACCAAUCAUAUGAUGAUGAAUGGAGGGAGCAGAAGCACAGGGGAAAUGCAAACAAGUAUGAGGAUGCCCCCAUCUAUGAGGACAAUCCAUGUAGUGCCAGCGUAGCGGACCAGGUGAAGCACGAAAUAAAGUGCAUUUACCUAAGCAAUAGGAAGAACUUCCACAUUGUGAAGCAUAAAGACGUAAGUAGGGUUGUUCUAAAGUACAGGCCAACGGUGAGUAUGUCCCAAGGAUGCUACGCCAUCGUUAGGAGCAACCUCCACGGGGAUUUCCUCUACCGGAUCUGUGGAACAUACACAGUGAAGAAGAAAAUAAAAGAGAAGCUCGUCAUGUACAACUCCUGCUGUCUGUACAAUUUCCAUGUAAAUCUGUUUAACCCCUUUAACUGCAAAGUGAGGGUAAAAUGUAGGGUUAAGGGGGGAGGCACAAAGGAGCUAUGCAAGAGGGGAGCUAGUGACGAAGGAACGAAAGAGGAAGACAUGAAAGGCCACUACAUCACCUCCUUGCAAAAGCAACGAGUUCUGCUAAACAACGAAAGGAAUUACUUAAAGAUAUUGAAUAAAGAAAACUUUAAAAUAAAAAUGAGGAAGCAUUUUACCAUUAUGAUGACGUACUUUUGCACAGAGGUUUAUUCUAGGAGGACGGUGCUCAUAGUGAUGAAGCCGUUUCACAGGGAUGAGACUCAUGGGGAUGCUCCUCCGAUGAUUACUUACGAAUACGAUUUUGUCUUUAACAAUUUGCUGAGGAGUGGCAGGGUCCAGGAUGCGGUGCGGUGCAUCCCCGUUGUGGGUGAGAGGAAGAACGCGGGAGGAAGGGGGGACUCGGGGGAGAUGCAACCAUCUUCAGAGUGCAAAGACCUUGGUAUAAGCACAUCAUGUCAUUGCUAUUCUGAUGUUGAUGAACCGAGGCCUGGCAGCUCAGCGGGUGGAAAUUUCACCACGAGACGUUCCGAAGGGAGUGAUGCGGAAAGUAGCCCGUCCGAAGCGAACGAUGUGGAAGCCCACCCAUUCGAACAAUCUGAAUCGAGCAAGAGCUCACGCAGUCCCUCUGCAGCCAGCGAACGAAGUCAUUUCACGCUGAACGCAACCGAAUUGGACACAGCGGAGGUUCUAGACGGAGAACUCAAAUUGGAAGACACGGAUAGAAGCGAAUUUGAGAGGGACCACACUUGGUUUAGUCCCCCCGGCGAUAAAGCUCUAUGGUGUUCUAAUGACUACAACGUAGAAUACAACGUAGAACGGGACGUAACCCGCGAGAGGGUUCUCCCCUGUGCAGAGGAUAAUAACGAGGUGGUGCACUACGACGGGAAAGUAUUCAUCGAAAGUAUGUGCAAAAGGAGGACAUGCGUAGAGGUGCACAUAGAUAAGGCCAAGAUGCAGGCAGGGGCAACUUCCCCGCAGGAAGGGGACCUACUGGAGAGGAGGAAUCAGGAGAGGCAAAAUAAUAUGCUUCACAGGAAUGUGCAAAGGGGAAAGUAUAACUAUAAAAUAUUUUUACUAAACGUGAAGAAUGUACGUAAGAGCGUCGGAAGCGUUGAGGAUGACGGUAGAUGUCGCCGCGGAGAUGGCAGAGAUGGCGGUUCUGCUGAUCACGGUUCUGACCGCGGGACGGUCGGUAUGGACGUAAAAAUGAACACACUCCUUUUCGAUGUGAAUGAGGCACUGCUAAAUGAUUACCUGUAUGUCCACAUUGUGGAGGACACAGACGCUCGCCUCGUGCUGACUUUGGAGCUGCUGGCCUUUCUGCCCUUCCACUGCAGCUUUGACGUUUUGGUAAGCAGGACGGAAGGGGAGGGAGAAUCCCACGAAGCGGACGAAUCAGCCAAAGGACUGGGGGAAGCCUACAAAGCAGUUGAGGAAUCCUGCGGGGGCCAGCCCCACCACAGACAUACCAUCCUGGACCAAAACCACAUAAGCGUAGAAAUAUUCAACUGCCUGAACGUGUCGAGACAGUACGUAAACAUCACCGUCGAUGAAAAUUUAAGUGGAGAGACAAAGCUUAACAUCUUUUAUAAUCACACGAGGGACUCAUAUUUCGACGCGUAUGUGGUUAGGCACAACCAGCUGAACAGCAGGGGUCACUUGAAGGAUGAAAUCUUAAACUUUGAGGUGAAGCCUAAAUGUGGGAUUUUAAAGCACCGGAGUUAUAACAGGUUCUUCAUUACAAGGACGAACAAGAAUGGGGUCUUAUCAUUUAACAGCUCGUUUUUGCUUUUAAUUAAAACGGAGCGGAAUGUCUUUUCGUACAUGGUCUUUUCUCACUACAGGGCGGCACCCAGCGAUGCGCUCGCCACGGAGGAGCAUAAUAAGAUAAAGGAGAUCCUCAACGAGAACAAGAAGAAGUUCAGUGUCCUCUUCAGUUCGUUCAAGAAGGAAAAGAAAGAAAGUACUAUCUUCAACAAGAAGAACCAGAUAAUCAUUGAAGACAUUUCCAAGUCGACAGACGAAAUCAGAAAUGGUUAA